GAAAUAUUGGUCUUAGGUACAAUAAAUGUUACACAGUUUAGCGUGCGGUAAUAGUAUUAUUUAUGUUUAUAUAGAAAGUGACAAAGGAGUGCGGAAAUCUUCAUACAUUUAGAGGCAUGGUCGGUGAGGGCGAUUUGGUCGUGCAGAAUAAGGUUGUCGCGGGUGACGUCAUGGGCGUCUUUCAGGUGGACAGCACCAAUUGCACAUACUCGCGAAUGCGGUCAACGAGAUCAAAGGGUCAAGACAACGUUUAUAUGGAAACCACCAUCGAGGAAUGUGAACAUAAACACCUCGUCGAUCAGUUUGUACAGGAAGUCAUUGAGAAGGCAAAAGCAGAAUACCAGCGCCAGAAUUCCAGUCGCAAUGAUGCCAGUAACGCCACGUGCAAGUCUUCACUGAAAAAGAGAGGCAAGAGAAAUGGUAAAAAGUCAAAUGCAUCUUGUAAAGGCCUAGCUGACAGCGAGAGUGCCAAGGGUAGACGGAAGCCGAAUUAUAAGUAUUCCGAACCGGUGGAUGCUAAUGCCAUUUCAGAGUACGAGGAUGGCGACUCGCUGCUUCAGAGAAACCCACAUUGUGGAAAUGAACGACAAGACGUCAGUCCGCAGUCAGCGAGCCGGUUCAGUGCCGUCCGGACUUCGCUUCGAAGAUUAUUAACUUGCUGUUUCGGGAAGACCUGACCGGGAUAAUAUGUUUAUCAAUUGAUUUUGACAAUAUUGUGUAAUGUGAGCUAUAAAUUGACACAUAAGAAGGAUUUCACCCCUGGUCGAUUUUUUUAGAUGACCUUGACCUUGUUUGUCUGACGAUUUACCUCAAAAUAUAAACGUUGGCUACGUUAUAAUUGCAUGCAUAUAUAUUGCAGGAAUAUAUUCUAAAUAAGCAAUACUAUCAUUUAUUCAAUAAAAAAUACCCUAAAUGAAUUGUAAUUACAAGCGAAAUU